GAGAUUUCCUGUGUUACAAUGAGGGGUACCAUGGAACAAGAUAUCUCGGCACUCCCACCAACCACAGUGGCAAAUUCCAGCAAGACCACAGAGAUCACAAAGAUCUCUCACCUGGCCUCUGCUGUUUUGCUCUUCAUCACCUUCCUGGUGGGUGUGGUGGGGAACGGGAUGUUCCUGUGGGUGCUGGGGCUGAAGAUGAGGAGGACGGUGACCACGCUCUGGUUCCUUCACCUGGUCUCCUGCUACCUUCUCUUCACCCUGCUGAUCCCCUUCUUCGCCAUCUAUGUCCUCCUGGGUUUCCACUGGGUCUUUGGCCUGGCCAUGUGCAAGCUUCUCAAUGCCUUCGGUUCCAUGGGCAUGUUCUCCUCCGUCUUCCUUCUCACACUCAUCAGUCUGGACCGCUACACCCUCACUCACCAUCCCAUUUGGUCGAGGAAUCACCGCACCAUGCCCCGGGCAUGGAAGCUGGUCGUGGGCGUGUGGCUGGCCUCCUUCAGUCUCAGUGCUCCCUACUUGGCUUUCCGGGAGACCCGCGUGGUGGACAGGAGCAGGAUUACCUGCAUCAAUAAUUACAACAUCUCCGGGAACUGGAAUGGAGCGGAGACGCAGAACCUGGGCAGACAGACCCACCUGGCCAUCUUCAUGGUCCGGUUCCUGCUGGGAUUCCUGCUGCCCUUCUGCACCAUCGUGGGAUGCUAUGUCCGCGUGGGGCUGAAGAUGAAGGAGAAGAAACUGUCAUGGGCAGGGAAGCCCUUCAAAGUCAUGAUGGCCACGAUGGUUUCCUUCUUCCUUGGCUGGCUGCCCUACCACCUCUACCACGGCUUGAAGCUCUACGAGAAGGAGGUGCCAGAGUCAGUGACAGAUGCCCUCCUGGUAAUUUACACCUUAACAUCCUGCUUCAAUGCCUCCUUCUCUCCCAUCCUCUACCUCUUUGUGGGAGAGAAGUUCUGGCAGGUCUUCAGGACGUCUCUUAUCACUCUGGCCAAAGAGGCUUUUGUUGAUGAUCUCAGUGCCCCUGAAUCUAAUGGAAGACAGGUGUCAGAAGUUGAGAAAUCAAAAGAAGAGAUGGUCUGA